AUGUUCAAUUUCAGCAAUCUCGCCCGCUUCACCGGGUUUGCCCGCGCUGCCAGCCGCUCGGUGGUAGCUUCGAAGCCAACGGUCACUAUGUUCCACAAUCCCAAUGUGCCCAUGUCGCAUCAAAUCUUACAAAAAUUGAAGGAAAGAGCACCAAAAACCUUCAAUUUGGAUGUGAGGGAGAAUCAAUUGCCCCAUUACUCCACCUACCAUUUCAUUCACGAAAAGUGCAUUAACGUGCACCCACAGAACGCUCGCGGGUUCGAGCGUAUCUUCCCUGCGUUGCUCGAUUCAUCCAACCACACCUUUUGUGACGUUGAAGUAAGAAAGAACUCAAAACAAAAGCAAUUUGUGCCGGACAUCGACCUUGUCUCUGAAAACACUUAUCUCGACAAGGUUGCUCACCAGAGUGCAAGCAAUAUGGCGCCAUUCGCAGUCGAUUGGUUCAACCAGUUGGUGGCUACCGAUGAGGAAGGAUUGAACAGGCUCCUUGCCAAUUACAAUUCGACGCACAUUGUUCGGGACAUGAAGGAGGCUAAAGGUAAAACCGAAGUGGCCAAAGAAGACGCUGUCAAGGUGUGUGCACGUGAGCCCCCAUCCAAUUUGCAGCCAUCCGUUCAACACGGGUGUGCCCCUUCUGUGGCCUCAGAGCCCUUCACAUCGCGUGCCCUGGCGGCCGCUAUGGCUUGUGUUGUCCACCCGCAUAUUGCUGAAUUUGCUGAUCUCUUUUAA